AUGCCCGAUCCCAAGUCCUCCGAUGCUGCCGACAGCGGUAGCGGCAGCCAACGGGGUCGUCCAUUUAAGCUGCCGGCCUGGCUGGACCACUUCAAUGCGCGCGACUUGAAGGUACUCUUUCGCUGCUGGGCCGCGGCCUGGGUGGCCUCGCUGCUGAUAUUCAUCGGCCCAGCCUUGCACGAGAUCGGCAUCGCGACCUUCUUCGGGGCUUUAUUGCUGUAUAUUGUCCCUCCAGCAGGAAUCCUGUUCGUCUACCUGCUGGCAGCGCUGUCUCUCCUCUUCGGCAUGUGCCUCGCGUGGGCCUGGGGACUCCUCACUAUGAAAGCCGCCUUAGCGGCCCGACCAGACGCACAAACGAAGGCGAUGGUACAGGCAUUGCAGCAGCAAGCGGUCGCGAUCGGCAAUCAAACCGGCACGAGUCCAGCCGCAGAGGCCCAAAUCCUCGUGUACAAUGGCUUCAUGCUCGAUGCCCGCGUGACUGUUAUCUUCUACGUGAUGAUCUGUGCUUUUGUCUAUUUCAUGUCUCGCGUCCGUGUCGCCAAUCCGAAGUUUGCCUUGGCGCAGAUUUUCGGCAUCAUCAUCGCAGACCUCUUUCUUCUCUUCGGGCCAAGUCUGCCAUCAUUCAAGGCUUCCUUGCCGGAGAUCCUCAUUAAACCAGGCGCCAUCGGCAUUGGCCUGGGGGUUGCCUGCUGUUUGGUCUUCUUUCCGCAAUCGACGUCGUUUGUGGCCCUCACACAAAUGGAGCAACUCGUCCGCCUAGGAGAAAUCCCACUGAAGUGCACCCGGCAAAAGUUUGCAGGUGAAACCCUCGAUCUGCAGCAGCUGACGGCCACCAAAGCGAAAACCAUCGGAGCAAUCAAGGCCAUGCAACCGUCGUUGGCCUUCCUGCCCCUUGACUUCUCUCGUGGCCGCUGGAGCUCAGACGAUAUAAAGACGUUACAGGAGCCCCUGCGACAGGCUAUUCUGGCCGCUAUGUCAUUGAUGGACUACCACAUUAACCUCCUCAGAGCUGACCGAAAGCUACAAGAGAUCAAAGCACACUCUCCACAGGCAUCUGACAAAAGCGACGUGCAGGAAAAACGAGCCCACGACGUCGGACAGUAUCAGCUACAGGAGAGCGCAGAUGUACUACAAGGAUUGGACAGUCCCGAGCACGGGGCUUCUCGACACCGCACACUGGAUGCAUUGAGAAAAUCAACCACGGAACUGCUUGAAUUGUGCUCGGAAACCAGUGAACUCAUUGCACAGUCUCUGCACGCGGCCAAUUCUGGCCGAUGGUUUCGUCGAGCCGCAGCGCUAAAUCACCUGAAUGAGCUUAUGACGAGAGCGGAUCGCGUAUUGCAGACGCUGCAGUCAACCCGAGCAUCAUUUGAAAUCGGCCGAACACUUGGGACCGCAUGCCCUCCGCGGAUGGUACUUGGAAUGGUAAUGGAGGAACGUAUCCUCGGCGCCGCAGAGACUUUAGAACGACUCCUGGCCCAGGUCCACCGGUUAAUGCAAGCGCGCACCAAGGACCGCAUCUGGAUUCCCUCGGGUCUGCGCUACGCUUUCAGCUGGCUGGUGAACCCACACCAAAAGGCACCCACAGAAGACCUCGCCGCGGCUCCCGCGACCAAUCCUGACGAUGCUGAAGAGCAAGCCAAAGAGGCGUAUCGGCGUCUAAAGAUCAGCCGCGGCUCCGGAAGGCCUAUCCGGCGAGGCCUGGUGGUGAGAGCGCUGACCGGCUUUUAUCACUGGUUCACGAAUCCCGGCGGGAUGUAUGCACUGCGCAUGGUGGUUGUCACGAUCGCGGUGGCAAUACCUGCUUCUAUUCCACAUAGCGCUGGGUUCUACUACCGGGAGAAAGGUAUCUGGGCUCUGAUCACCGCGCAGACCACCUUGCUUGUGUACAUGGGCGAUUUCACCGUAUCGCUCGUCGGUCGCACGAUUGGCACGGUCGUCGGGGGUGUGAUGGGCAUGGUCGCCUGGUACAUUGGGUCUGGCAAUGGACCCGGUAAUGCCUACGGCCUGGCUGCAAUUACGGCAGUGAUGACCGCGAUCUUGAUGUGGUGGCGUUUGUUCCUGCCUCCAAUCCUCACCAUGGCGGCCAUGAUGGGCGGCGCCACAUUUAUUCUGGUCGUCGGCUUCAGCUACGACGACACUCACACAUCGCAGUAUGGUCUACCGGGACACGGCUACGAAGCAUUUUGGAAGCGACUCGUCACGGUGCUGCUAGGCUUCGUUGCCGCAUUCAUCGUCCAGAUAUUUCCCCGUCCGCCCUCCGCAACACGGCAUAUUUGCAAGACAUUGUCCAAUACUAUCGGCACGCUCUCUGAUCACUAUGCUCUCUUGCUAUCUCAUUGGGGUCGGCCAGAAACCAACAGCCCCAUAGGCGCAGUAGCUGAGAAGAUCGCCCUCGAGAUCGGAGAAACUCUCCUGUCCAUCCAAGGCUCAAUUGGCCUCCUAAAAUUUGAAAUGACACUCGGUCCGUUCCACCAAGCAGCAUUAGCAAACAUGCACGUCCUCUGCCAGGACAUGAAUCAAGCCUUAGGUCGAUUGCUCGUCCUAUCGACCAGUCUCCCACAGCACUUCCAGGAACGGUUUGCCCAGAACGUCGGCCUUCUCAACGACCAUCACAUUGGCGAUAUCAUGGCAGUAUUAAGUGUGAUCGAGCAGGCGCUGAAAUCAGGUCUUCCUCUUCCAGAACGCUUGCCAACGCCGUUGAUGAAGCGGUGUUUCGAACAAUGGAAUGCACAGCGCCGUGCUAUGGAUUUCAAUACGACGCUGGUGCGAGAUGAGAGUUACCGGCGGUAUUGUGUGGCCGUCAGUUCAUAUUUGAAGUUCUUGUCGACUAUUGAUGACAUGGUGUUGGUAUUGAAGGGUACUUUGGGAGAGUCGCAUUUGAUCGAGCGGCGUCCAGCUGAGGUGCCAGUUUGA